UUAAUAGUUGAGUUUAUCCCUUGCUAUUGUUUUUACAACAGAAUAUGGCUCCCAGCUGUGUACAUCUUUCUAAUCCUUACCAUCAAUGUACCCAAGCUUGCUCCCAAACCACCAAGACUUCAGGUUAUGGCCCAAGUACUGUGACAGAUGGUCAGCUUGCAAAAAAGAUAAAUAACCAAAAACGAACGUACCCAGGUUGUCCUAAAGCAUCUAAUCCUUACCACGAGUGUGAUGACAAUUGUUACAAAAGAUUAUCAGAUUCGGGUGCUCCUCCUCCUAUAAAGCUCGUCAAGAAAAAGAAGUUAGGUUUGAAACCAGAACCCCCUGUUCUUGACAGUGUUCCUGCCUCAAAAGUUGGGGCAAUUUACCUAUCUGAUGCUUCACCACAAAUAUCACAGUAUUCUGAGAAGAAAAAAGUGGAGACAGAAAACAAUGAGCACGUUUCUCCUCAGACACAUAUCCAAGCUGUAAAGCCUGUCAAUCAAAAAGACCAACCAAUCAAGGAUGGUGAGGACAUUGCCAACCCAAUGCCAACAGAUCAUGGUGAGGACAAAAUUGCAUCUCAUAUGCAUAAUGUUGUUCCAAUAUUCACCCACGUUGAUGAAGGAGAGACCGAGUCUGUGACCAAUUCUGAAGCCCGUCUUCAAGUUGGAAGAUAUCAAAUAAAAGAAAGUUUUGUUUCCAUCUUGCAAUCUAUCCUUCACAAGUAUGGGGACAUAGGAGCAAACUGCCACUUGGAAUCAGUUGCUAUGCGCUCAUAUUACAUUGAGUGUGUAUGCUUUGUGGUGCAAGAGUUACAUAAUUCCUCCUCAGUAAUGCAAUUAAGCAAGUCCAAAGUCAAAGAAUUGUUGGCUAUUCUUAAGGAUGUAGAAUCUGCUCAACUUAGUGUGGCUUGGUUGGCUAGCGCCCUCGAUGAACUAGCUCAGAAUAUCGAACUCAUUAAUAGGUACCAGGAGGUAGAAGCACAAAAGGAUAACUCUGGUGGCCAAGUGGAGUCACUGAGAGAAGAGCUAGAAUCAGAGUUGGAAAGUUUGGCUCAGAAAGAACAGGAGGUUGCUAAUAUUAAAACACGAAUUCCUGAGAUCAGAGGUCGUUUGAGCCAGCUCGAGCUCGAGUCAGAAGAACUCAACAAAAGCAUGCUAUCUAUCAACUCCAAGGUUGAUAAUUUGCAUAUCAAAUCUUUGCUAGACGAACUAUUAUAACUGUUCAGCAAAUUCGUUAAUAAGUUUUAAUGCUUAAAAAUAGAAUAGGUUACUGAAUAAAUGCAUGCGCGGAUCAAUAUUUUCUAGUUUUAGAGAUUAUACGAACACAUACUGAUCACUUACGGUAGAGAAAUAUGCACCUUCUCCAUUGGAUUUGGACUUUAAUUGUUUGAAAACUUGUAUCUCUGACUGUAUACACAUUUUAUUCCUGUAAAUUUUAUGCAUUUUUGUUUUUUGCUUUA